UUAGAGCUAAAGUGUUCAUGCAAAUUUUCAGAAUUUGCAAGAAUUUUACGACAUCUACUUUUGUAAAGAUUACUAGUUCAUUGAUACGAAAUGACUUUUUGUGAAUAAUAUUAUUUAUUUGUUUAAUAAGUUGAUAAUAUUCUACUCUGAGCUCAGUUCCGUUUGCCUUCCCGUCAAGUCAUGACUCAAUCGUUUGAAUAACAUUUUUUCAACGUUUUUCUAUUGACAUCAAAAAAGGAAUAAAACUUUGAAAAACAGCGUAAGAUAAGAAGUAGUAUUGAUAUUUCUGUAAAGGAUAUUUAAUAAGGCAAUAAUUAAUUUGUAAAAUUGUAGAUAAAAUCAUCUAUUUUUACUAAAUUACAAACAUUGAAGGAGGAAACCUUACAGAAAGACAGUUGAAGAUAAUGUCUGAAGAGCAUCAAUUACCAUCAGAUUCUGAUCAAGAUGAUGAAGAUUAUAUACCCGAUGGAGUCGAGCAAGACGUAUCAGAAGCCGAGUCUGACGAAGCCGUCGAAAGUGAAUCUGGACAGGAAGAUGAAAAUAAUGAGAACGAAAAAAAGUCGAAGAAGAAAAAAGGGAAACGUGGUAAACAAGGCAGAAAAAGGACUAGCAAGAAAGCAAAGGUAGACACUGAAACACAUGACAGUGAAAAGGAAGAAGAAGAGGAAGAAAAAAAACUUUUAACAGAAGAGGAAGAAAAAAAGAGAGCAGACUCUCUUUGGGCAGAUUUUAUGAAGGAUACAGGCUCGACAUUCAAACCGAAACCACAAAAUUCUACCAACAUAUCAUCCGGCCAACAAGAAAACAGCUCUCUGAAGAGGUCUAAGACUGAAGAAAAAGUAAAAAUAACAAAGGUAUUUGAAUUUGCUGGAGAAGAAGUUAGGAUUGAGAAGCAAGUGGCUGCUGAUUCUGCUGAGGCUCGUUUAGUUCUUAAUUCUUCAGGAGACAAAUCGGCAGAUCGAUCAGCACCACUUGAUGAUAAGAAGAAUAAACCAGCUCGACGAGGUGGAGGACUUGGUGGAAUUUCAUCAGUUCUUGGACAAAUUGGCAAAAAAACCAAAAUAAGUACUUUAGAAAAAUCCAAACUUGAUUGGGAUAAUUUUAAAAAAGAAGAAAACAUCGAUGAAGAAAUAAAUACAUAUAAUAGAGGAAAAGAUGGAUAUCUUGAACGUCAAGAUUUUCUUCAACGAGCAGAUCUCAGACAAUUUGAAAUUGAAAAGAACCUCAGGACAAUUGCCAGGAGGAAUAAUCGAUAAAUAAAUUAUGAUUUGUUUGACUUAACUAUUUUCAUCAAUAUUGUGUGACAGUAUCGUGAAUGAAAAACUAAAAGCUGCUUUUCCAGCUAGCAAAAGUAUUAAUCAUUCCAAUACGUUGAUAGUACGUAGUUAAUUAUUUCAAACAAUAAUGUGAUUUACCACUACUAUACAUAUUUAACUGUUAAAUCGAUUAAUUUUGUGCUAAUUUAAAUGAUAAUGUGGUUGAAGAAAUCAUUUAAUGAUUCUUGUCAUACUUUUCUAAAACAUCUGACUAUUCAAGCUAUCGUGCAGUCUAUUAUUAAAUAGAAAGAUGUUCAAGAAAAUUUACAGUUAAGACUUUCAAGUCUUAUGUUUUACCUUAAUGAUGCUCAGGUGAUACUUUUCACAUUUGUAAUCUUGCUAAAACAUACACAAUAAAUAUGCGAUGCUGCCGA